AUGUCGUCAGAAAAACCCGAGGACUCGCACGUUGCGGAUCGAAUUCGCUGGCGAGACGAGGAACAAGGCCAUGAUCGCCAGAGAAGUCGUUCCAGACCUGGGCUUCGUCGUGCCAGCUCUACGGACUCUCUUGCCAUACGGAGUGUCCAUGGGAGAACUACGGUUGAUCCGGCUGUUACUCUCCCUAUUCAGUAUCGUACCGUUUCAUUCCAAAUAGAGGAAUCCAAAGGCAAGGAACGAGCAGAAUUAAUAAGGGCCAGCGAAGUUGCAGCCAAGGACCUGAGUGACCUGCAAUGGCACACAAUAACUGCCACUGAAGUUGCCGAGAGGCUAGUAACUUCAUCCACCGACGGGUUGUCAGAGACCCAGGCUAAAAGACGACUCGAGGAGUAUGGCAAGAACGCGCCGUCGCCCCCAAAGACGAACCGAAUCCUUACCAUAUUGGGAUACUUCUUCAAGGGCUUUGGCGGUAUUCUUCUUGUUGGCAGUAUUUUGGUCUUUAUAUCGUGGAAGCCUCUCGGAGAUCCACCGCAGCUGGCCAAUCUGGCCUUGGCAAUUGUUCUUCUGGCAGUCUUCUUUCUUCAGGCAGCCUUCACCAUGUUCCAGGAUUGGUCAACUUCGCGCGUGAUGUCGUCCAUAAAGGAUAUGUUGCCAGAGCAAUGCCACGUUACGAGAGACGGCCAGAUGGUACACAUGCAGGCCGAGGACCUUGUUCCAGGGGACCUUGUUACUAUUAAAGCUGGCAACAAGCUUCCUGCCGACUUGCGCUUUAUUGAGGUGUCGCCUGACCUCAAGUUUGACCGCUCUGUUCUGACUGGUGAAUCCAGACCCAUUUCGGCGACAGUUGAUCACACAGAUGUCAAUUACUUGGAAACGCACAAUAUUGGCCUCCAGGGAACUCACUGUAUUAUUGGAUCCGCGCUUGGUAUUGUUGUUGCAACUGGCGACCGGACAGUCUUUGGUCGUAUUGCCACCUUGACAAAUGAGCCUAAGACGGGCAUGACGACUCUGGAAAAGGAAGUUCUGUAUUUCGUCCUUUUUAUUUGCGCAAUCAUGUUCACCAUGAUUGCCGCUGUCGUCAUCAUUUGGGCCGCCUGGCUGCGACGGGAUCAUCCUGACUGGAUUAAUGUGCCUACUUUGAUUGUCGACUGUGUUAGUGUGGCUGUUGCAUUUAUUCCUGAAGGCCUUCCUAUUGCUAUCACUGCUGGCUUGACUAUUACCGCAAACCUGAUGAGAAAGAACAAGAUUCUUUGCAAGUCUCUCAAGACUGUCGAAACGCUCGGCUCUGUCUCUGUCAUUUGCUCUGACAAGACUGGAACUCUGACUCAGGGUAAAAUGGCAGUUACGGAUUGCUCGAUCGGUACCAACAACCUCUCGAUGGAACAACUACAUGACAGUAUGCAUUCUGGAAAUGUCAACGAAAAGCCGAAUGCCUUUCAAACGUUUGGGCAGCUUGCUGCAUUGGGUGCUUUGUGCAACGGGGCUGAGAUGGACGCUGCGCAAGCCGAUGUUCCCGUUGCAAAGAGACACGUAUUUGGAGACGCCACCGACACUGCAAUACUGAGAUUCUCCGAGUCUGUAGCUCAAGGAAACGUUGCGUAUUUUCGAUCCUGUUGGCAGAAAGUGUUUGAACUUGCCUUUAAUAGCAAGAGCAAGUUCAUGAUUCGGUGCUUCACUAUUGCCCGGCCAGAGGCAUUGGACCGGACUCUGACUACCCAGGAUGCUAGCCGAUUCCAGGGCAAUGAUUUGCUGCUCACUAUCAAGGGCGCACCAGACGUCCUCGUUGAACGAUGCUCGUACUACCUGGCCCCAUCAGGAGAGGUUCUUGAACUUACCCAAGGAGCCAAGGCUACGUUUGAGCACCUUAAGAACAUGCAUUCUUCUCAGGGUAAGCGGUGUCUUUUCCUUGCGAGAAAAAUCGUCAAGGGUGGUAGACUCCAAGACGGCGGGGACUACGAGAAGUCAGUGGUCGAGGAGGCAAAAACCGGGUUGACCUUGGUUGGACUUGUGGCCAUUGUUGAUCCACUGCGGCCUGAGAUUCGUGACGUUGUCUCUACUCUUCGUGGUGCAGGUAUCAGAAUUUCCAUGGUAACUGGUGAUUUCGCUUUGACAGCCCUGGCCAUCGCUCGGGAAGCUGGCGUCGUUACCUGCGUCCAUGUUGACGGUGCUUCACACCUCGAAAGAACCACAGUAGAUAUCGGCUCUGCUUCUGAGGAUAAUGAAGAUAUGAAAACAGUCGGUUCAAGGCGAGGUGCUCUAGUCAUCAGUGGGCCUGAGCUAACAACCCUGACGGAUCACCAAUGGAGUCUUCUUACCGAGUACGAAGAGGUGGUAUUUGCUAGAACGACCCCGGAACAGAAACUUCGCAUCGUGCGAGAAUACCAGAAGCAUAACGUUGUUGCCAUGACCGGUGAUGGUGUCAACGAUGCGCCGUCUUUGAAGGCUGCCGAUGUUGGUAUUUCCAUGGGCAGCGGCUCAGACAUUGCCAUGGAGGCCGCGGACAUGGUAUUGCUAGACUCGUUUUCUUCUGUUGUUGCGGCGGUCCAGUAUGGACGAGUAGUGUUUGACAAUUUGAAAAAGGUCAUUGCGUACCUGCUUCCUGCUGGUAGUUUCUCCGAAUUCUGGCCCGUCAUGACGUCGGUUGUUUUUGGUCUCCCUCAAAUUCUGUCUUCCUUCCUCAUGAUUAUUAUUUGCUGCUUCACGGAUUGUGCCGCUGCCACCGUCCUUUCCUUUGAAAAGCCCGAGGCGGAUGUACUCCUCCGAAGGCCUAGAAACGUAAAGAAAGACCGGCUUGUUAACUGGCAGUUGAUCUUUCACGCGUAUGCCAUCAUUGGCGUCACAGAGACCCUUGCAUCCUUCGCAAUGGCCUUUUGGUACCUGCAACGACAGGGAAUUCCCUUCAAGGACCUGUGGUUCAGCUUUGGCGUACUACCCGCCUCCAUCAACCCGGACUACUAUGCGGAAAAGUUGAACGAGGCUUCAUCCAUCUACUUUGUCAAUUUGGUUGUCAUGCAGUGGUUCAAUCUCAUGGCUACGAGAACAAGACGACUCAGCAUCUUCCAGCACCCUCCUCUGUUUAACAAGAAGACCCAGAACUUGUAUCUAUUCCCUGCAAUUGUGUUUGCCUUGGCAAUGGCGGUAUUGUGGCUGUACAUUCCUUCAUUGCAGCCCAUCAUUCAGACGGCCGAUGUACCUGUGGCGCAUUGGUUCUUGCCUUUUGCUUUUGGUCUUUUUAUCAUUUUGAUUGAUGAGGCUAGGAGGUGUUGGGUUAGGCGCUGGCCGAAUGGCCUGCUCGGGAGAAUGGCGUGGUAG